CUUGUUUACUUUCCAUGUCCACAUGCUCAAUUCUUUAAGCUAUUUAUAUCUUCUUCUUCUUCUUCUCAUUCAGAGGUGUUCUAUUCAAUCCUUCAGAAAGAUUCAAGAAAGCAAGAAACAAACAGAUAUGGCUAUCGGAUUAUUGGAAGUGCAGCUGCUGAAUGCAAAAGGCCUCAGAGGCACUGAUUUCUUAGGUAAGAUAGAUCCAUAUGUUAUCGUCAAGUACAAAAACCAAGAGCGCGAGAGCAGUGUCGCCGGAGGUGCAGGUGGGAAUCCAGUGUGGGAUGAGAAAAUUGCAUUCAAAGUGGAAUAUCCAGGACAAGGUGCUGAUUACAAGCUCAUUCUCAAAAUCAUGGACAAGGACACCUUCUCUACUGAUGAUUUUCUUGGCCAAGCCACGAUAUAUGUGAAGGAUUUGUUGGAAUUAGGAGUGGAGAAGGGAAGUGCUGAAAUUCAGCCUAAAAAAUAUAGCAUUGUUCAAGCAGAUCAGUGUUACUGUGGAGAGAUUCAAGUUGGCGUCACUUUCACCCUCAAGGUGGAAGAUGGUGGCAACCAUGAAGAGUUUGGUGGGUGGAAGGAAAGCUACUUUUGAGUGUUUUUUUUUCUUUUUUUUUUCUAAAAUAUCAAAGUAGUUUAGUUUGAUGUGAGAGUUUGAAUUUAAAUGAAAACAAUUUCUUUAACUUUUAAUUUAUUAUUAAUUUUGAAGCAAAUUUUUUUC